AUCAGUAUUGUAGGUCAAACUGACUUGGUGAAUUGUUGUAGAACAUGGGUUAAAGCAGACAUGGAUGUGAAAGUACUGUUCAGGGCCAACUAGGUACUUAAAUAAUUCAUAUUUGCAGCUUUUAUACUUAACCAGAAACUGUGUAUUUGCUAUUGGAUAUUUUAUAUUGGACUAUUUCUCCUCUAAAUAUGGGACAAUUCCAGUGGAACCGCUGUUGGCUGGGCCUUCAAGUCAUUCUUUCCGUACUUGCCAGUAUGUGCCUAAACCAGGACAGCUCAGAUACAAUCAUGUUUUUAAACCCUCCUGAAGUGCCGGAGUCAGCUUACCCCAUUCAGGUCCAGUACUCAUGUAAAGAACCUUCAAUGGUCCACCUGCAGGGUUUGGUGUCUUUCGACUCUGGAUCCACUUUAAUGAUCUUCCACAGAUGGUGGCGCUGCGUGCCUGGCCCCCACAGGAUCAGACUGGUAUUACUUCAUUUCCCUGACUGGCUGGUCUAUCAACCAGACUGGAGCAUACAAGUUUCCUCCUGGGUGCUAACAUGUCUUUUACGAGGCUGGGUGAGCAAAAGUGCGGCUGCUGAACCUGACAGGUCAUCUUUUGCCAGGACAAUGGUGCCCCUGAAUGUUCAGAGUCCACUCGGUCGCCCUUUCAAACAGCACCGGUUAUGCCUCAGAUGGGACACAGAGAUGCAUUGGAAAGUUUUCGGAGGUAGAUGGCAGUGCCCAAAAGAAAAUGAGGUCGCCACUCUGCUGUCCUCAUUAUAUGGAUCCACUGGGGAGCAUUUUGGCAUCACUAAAACUCUGCAGCCUUACAGAAAUGAAAUGCUAGAAGGCCUGCGGCUCAAAGCAAUCUCAUAUCCUUGGUGUGCCUUCUCAAUGUGGGUAUUAUUAGAAGAACCAUGCAGAGACCAUCUGUGUGGACUUUUACACCAUGUAGACUCUCAAAAGGAAUAUGCCACACCCUCCUUGUUCCUCACAAGAUCAGGUCAGAUCCACGUGCAGCUGCAGGGGGAGAAUGGCCUUUCCUCAGCGUUUCUCUCUCAGUUCACUGUGCCUUUAGGCUUGUGGUGCCUUAUCAGUCUGGAGCUGAAGGGCAGAAUGGGGAAUAUCACAGUGGCAUGCACUGAUGGACAUAAAGAUCCACUCGUUUACUCCUCAGAGCACAUAUUUAGUAUAGCAGUGAAGUUGGAUGAUACAGAUGGCUACUUUGUGGUUGGUGGAGGUAAAUUCAUAAAAGGAAUUAAAGGGUUUUAUGGACCCACCAUGUAUUACCGAUCAAGGAUUCCUUCACUGAACCUGCCAGAUCUCCAGGUUCCCCAACUAGUAAGAAUGGUGAAUGUAUCUGGAUGGAUCCAGACCUGCAAGGAGUUUAAAUUAAAAGUUGAUCACAAAAUAGCUGACUCUUGCAGUGCAGUGACUGCAAAGAGACCAGAUAAUUCUAUUGAUGUAUACACAGAGCUGAUACUAAAAAAUAAUCCAGGAUCCACAAGGGCAGAAUGCAGCUCUUCUGAAACCUUCAGCAAACCUCUGAGACGUAUGGUGGCUCAGGUGAUCAAGAUCCUCUGCGAUAAAUACGGCACAGUUGAUCCAGCAGCUGUUGGCCGGGCUCUGUAUGCUGCUGUCCUGCGUAAGCUGAUCAGGCAUGGCAGUGUGGAGGUGAUAAACAGGCUGAUGGCUCCUCUUUUACAAGCAGGAUGCUUAGGAGACAACCGAGCUCUUCAUCUCUCCUCUGUUUUCCACAGCAGUGGACUUGUUAAAAAGCAGCCCUAUAAGGCAUGGCAGCUGUCAUUGUUGGCAGCUCAGAAAGACUGUAGGCUGGCUCUCCUCCGUCUUGGAAACCUGCACCAUGUUGGUGACCAGGGUGUGCCCCCAGACCAUGACCUCUCCUACGCCUAUUACUCCAACAUCGCUAAGCAAACUUCAUCGGAUCGUCUCAGUCCCUCCUCAAAACAGACAUUUGUUGAGUCAAUAUUCCUGAACGAUGAGGACACGCUAAAGGCCCAAACCAAUGAGAAUGAUGAUAUUUUUCACUGGCUUAAACUACAGGCACGCAACGGGGUAGCAGACGCUGAGCAAGCGAUAGCCCGGAUGCUGUUCUGGGGGCAGCAGGGUGUAACUUCAGAUAUCCAGACAGCUGUGAGGCACUACGAGAGAGGGGCUACCAGACUGCAGAACCCUGUGUCCAUGUACGACUAUGCCAUCGUCCUGCUCACGGGUCAAGGAGUUCCUCAAGAUGUGCCAAAAGCAGUCACCUUCUUGAAAAAAGCAAUGGAGCAGGGCUUUGCUCCAGCCAUCACAGCUUUGGGCUGGUACUAUGAGCAGUUUGAGAGGAACUAUGAGCGAGCAGCAGAGCUUUGGGAACAGGCUGACCUCCUGGGGAAUCCUGAUGCUGCCAUGAAUUUAGGAGUACUUCACUCGCAAGGCCUCUAUCCUGGACAACCAGUUGACAAAGUUAAGGCUUAUAAGUACUUCCUGAAGUCAGCCCAGAGAGGCCACUUAAAUGGAGGCAUUGAACUGGCUGAAAUUUGGAGUCGGGGGAUUCCUGGUUAUGUGGCGCGGCAUCCAUCAAGUGCUGUUCUGUGGGCUAAAUGGGCAUCUGAGCAGAAUGGAUAUCUUGGCACAGUCUUAAGGAAAGGCCUGAAUGCCUAUCUUAAAGGGAACUGGUUCAUGGCAAUGAUAUAUUACCUGAUGUCCGCUGAGUGUGGAUUUGCAGCAGCUCAGUUUAACAUGGCAUUCUUGUGUGAGCACAAUGAGGGAGGAUCCUUGAAUCCAGCAUUUGUGACACAGUGUAUGUUACGAUACUACAACCUUUCUAUUCAGAGCCAGUAUCCUGCUUCUUAUGCUUUGGUGAAAAUGGGUGACCUGUUCUAUGAGGAGCACACUCGGGGCAAAAGAGACCUUUCUGAUGCGGCUGAGAUGUACAAAGAAGCAGCACUCAGAAACGACCCACAGGGCUGGUACAGUUUGGGUCUGCUUGUUCAGGAAGGGGAGAGAUUAACUGCCACUCUACUCUCUGAACUGAAUUUACUGCAACAUUAUUUUUCAGAUAAGCUCACACUUCUUACCACUCUGUACCAAAGAUGUCGAGACUCCAACAGUGAUGAGGCACACCUUCCCUGUACUCUUGCUCUGCUCACUUCACAUUUACAGUCUAUACAAACACUUGGACGUUCUACUGUAAAGCUCCUGAGUGCUGUGGCAGUUGCUGUUGCUACUCUGUCCUUUUUCAGAAUCAUCCCUGCCAUACUCCGCCAGAGGUCAGUGUCCGGUCAGCAGAACUCAGCGCCCUCCGAUGCCAGCCAGCCAACAGAGCAGGAAGAGUCUUCAGAAGUGUGAGCAGCUCUUUAGUGUUUAUGCUCACUGGUUUGUUAGCAGGUUUAUGAUGAGAUUCCCAAAGGAUGUCAGGAUUUCAUUACUUGAAAGAUACGCUCAGUAUAUUUAGGAGUUGUGUGUAUUUUUUAAUGAUUACUUAGGUUGCGUUG